CAUUCCUAGAUAGAUAGAUAGAAUAAUGUCUCGGGAUCCGCUGACGACGGGAAGAGUAAUAGGAGAUGUGCUCGACCCCUUUACGCCAGGGACCAUCUCCUUCUCCGUCACUUAUUCUACCACUGAAGUAAAAAAUGGCUACGAACUCAGGCCUUCUGCUGUCAAUCUCAAACCACGCGUCGAGAUUGGCGGCGAUCCCAACGACUUACGCACCUUCUACACCCUGAUCAUGACAGAUCCGGAUGCGCCCAACCCCAGCGAUCCCACGCAUCGAGAAUACCUUCACUGGAUGGUAACUGAUAUACCUGCUGCAACCUCAGCCUCUCUCGGGAGAGAGUUGGUGAGCUACGAGGCACCGAGGCCGAUGUUAGGAAUACACAGGUUCGUGUUUGUGCUGUUUAAGCAGGUGGGGUGGCAGACUGUAUCUCCGCCGUCAUCUCGCCAAAACUUUAAUACAAGAACUUUUGCGCAGAGCUGCCGUCUAGCGCCGCCUCUAGCCGCCGUUUUCUUCAACGCUAAAAGGGAAAUAGCACCCCGAACACGUUGAUUGGAUGGCUUCAUCUCUACCUUAUAUGCUCAUCAUAUACUUCACUAUGCUACUUUAGUUUUCAACUAGAUAGGUACCACAAAUUUUCAACUACUUUAUUAUAAAACAUUAAGGAGUUUUCUUGGGAAUCUUUUAAAUAAAUAGUCGUUUUCUUCUUUUGC